AUGGAGUGCCUAGAGAACCAAAAGGUCGCCUGUGCAACCUUCGUCCUACAAAAGAACGCAGAGAUAUGGUGGAGAGAUAACAAAACCCUUCUUAACCCAGAAGGGGGACCAAUGAACUGGGAACGAUUUAAGGAGGCCUUCCUUAAAGAAUAUUAUCCUAAGUCAGAGCGACUUAAAAAGCAGCAGGAGUUCGCCCACCUGGUACAGGGCGGACUCACAGUGAAGAAGUACAACCGAGAGUUUAAUAGACUCAAGAGAUUUGCACCGUACAUGGUAGACACAGAGGAAAAGAUGACAGAGAAAUUUGUAUUGGGUUUGGUACCAAGAAUCCGCCGCAUGUUGGAGGCGUUCAACCUAAAGACCUAUGAGGAAGCCUUGAGAACUGCCAAGGCUUUAGAGAAACCAAAGGAUGAGAAACGACGUGAAGAGCCAGUUAUAAUUGGGCAGAAGCGUCCUCAUAAAUCAGGAGGCUCUGACCGCCCACUACCAGCACGUAGGCACCGUUCCAAUAACAGACCCGCUCCUAGAUGGGAUGAGCAACGCCCUCCCCGAUGUAUUGACAGGAACCACAGGAAUCAAGAUGGGGCCAGAGGGAGGAGAGAGGAAGGGUGCACUAUCUGUGGAAGACUACACGGUGGGAGGUGCAUGGCUGGCAGCCGAGCGUGUUAUAGAUGUGGUCAAGAGGGCCACAUCGCCGUGAACUGCACGGCCGGAAAUGCUGCAGCACAAGCAAACCCGCCCAGAGUAGUAGAGCAAACGGAUCAACCAGCACCACCGCGAGCUCAAGCUAGGGCCUACGCGUCAACCAGCAAGGAUACUGGGAGGUCCGACGCCGUGGUGACAGACGUAAGAGGAAAGAAAAAGACCCUAGUAAACGUGCCAAUAAACGAGUUUUUGGAUGUAUUUCCGGAUGACUUACCUGGAAUACCCCCUUCCCGAGCGGUCGACUUCAUCAUCGAACUCGAGCCGGGAACUGGGCCUAUUUCCAAAGCACCCUAUCGCAUGGCGCCAGUAGAGUUGAAGGAACUCAAGGUGCAAUUGCAAGACUUACUAGAUAAAGGAUUCAUUUAA